CUGGCUUUGAUGAGGAAGAGGAGGAGGAGGAGGCUGAGGCACUUUGGCCACAUCGUGAGGAGAAAUGACUCCUUAGGAAAGACAACAACGCUAGGAAAGGUAGCAGAAACAGAGGAAGGGCUAUAUGCCUGAUGGAUGGACCCAGUCAGGGAGGCCAGGGUCACGGAUCUGGAGGACCAGAGAGCAGCGUCCCAUCCACAGGGGCGCCAUAGAACGCUGCCUCAGAAGGCUUUACGCAAACUGCGUACGCGGUUCCCUCAGAUUUCGCACUUCCUCGCCGCUGGCCUCUAAAGGAGGGGGAACUGGGGCCUUUCGCCGUGUUUGUAUCUCUCGUUUGGGCCGCUGGAGACACAAGCUCCGCCCCUGCUGAUUGGACAAAGGGGCGGAAGGGGGCGGGCCCCGGGCGCAAGGGACCCGCUCGGAUUGGCGGCCGAGUCAGAGGGGGCGCGGCCAUCCUCUGGUAACAACAGUGGGGCGUUGUGUGGUAGGCUUUUUCUUCCUCACUCCCCGCCAUGUUCUCCUAGCAGCGGACCUGAUCGCGCCCUCGUCAAGCGCCAGCGGACGCGCGGCAGCAGCCGCCGCAGCAGCCUUUACACCUGGUUUCCCUCCUCUCCUUCUCCCCCUUCUUUACCACCCUAACCGCCUUUUCGGCCCCUCCGCCAUGGUCACCACCACCGCCUCCGCCGCGCCUUCCCCUUUCCUGGCCCGGAUCUCGGCCGGCCCCGAGGACCCCCGGCGGUUCCCCUCCACGGCCCUCUUCCAGCGCCUCCUGAGGACAGAGUACAGCGGCGAAAGCAGCCACCCGGUGGGGCCUGGAGGCAGCGCCCGGCCGGCGCUCAAGAGGGUGAGGCGGCGGAGAGGGAAAGUACGCUCGGCUCCCUCCAGCCUUUUGCAGAGCCGAUACCAGCAGUACCAACAGCACCGCGCCGGCUUAGCGCGAAGGAGCACCGCAGCCGCCGCCUUAGAGCCCACCGAGGAAGCUCCGGCAGCUUCCCCACGAACGGCCCCCGUCGUCGCCGCCAGCCUCAGCAAACCCCUCAGGAAGGAAUUGUUCAAAAACAGGAUGGCAAAAUCUGAGAAGGUUACCAUUCCUUACAACCAGCCUGCCCACGGUACGCAUCUCUGUGAACAAUCAAAGACAAACAGACAGAGGAACAAAUCUAAUGUACCGAUAAACAAAGUCCCAUCUACAAAAAAAAGUGAAAAUAACUUUUGGCAAGAAUCUGUGUCGCCUGAACUCAUUAAAACACAGGAGAAGAAGCCUCUGAAGACCACCGAAAAUAUGAAACCGAAGAAACCCAUCUUUCUGACUGAAGCCAGCCAAAAAGAAAACUAUGCUGGAGCAAAGUUCAGUGACCCUCCUUCACCCAGUGUCCUUCCAAAGCCUCCCAGUCACUGGGUAGGAAGCACUGCUGAAUAUUCUGACCAAAACAAGGAGAUGAUGGCAGUCCAUCUAAAAACUCUCUUAAAAGUUCAAGCCUAGCUUAUGGAUAUUUACAGUGAACCUGCUAGGUAUCUGAAACCUGCCUUGUUGCAAAAUGAUGUGCGAAACUGACAGGUCUUAAAAUCACAAACUUGUCCUCUAUUUUUUAUGGUUGUGUAAAUAGUGUAUAUCAUGUAUGUGUAUAUUCAUAUUUUGAACUACAUUUUAGUUUUGUUAUGAAAGGAUGUAUUUUACACUGCCCAUGAGGUAGGUGGUUUUGUAUAUAAUAAUGGACACCUUCUGAUGUGUGCUUGUCACAUGGAAAGACCUGACAAUGUUUGCACAAGGUAUUGAGAUUUUUGUACAAACCUCUCAUCUCAAAGUUCAAAAGGAAAUGUGAAAAUAUUAGUAAUGCACUACUGAAAAUUUUUACAGUUGGUGGCACAAUACUUCAUUGCAUAAGAAGCCUUCAUCAGAAAAAUGUGAAUUUAUUUGAAAUGGUGUAUGGAGUUAAAUUCAAUUCUUCCUUGCAAAUAUAAAAUUGGAGUUUGAUUUGCAUAGCCCCCAAACCUAGCACUGCUAACAAAGAGAAGCAGGGCUAUCUGCCAGAAAUAAUUGGCUUUUUUAAAAAAAAGAAAGAAUUUAAAUAAAAACAAUUUGGCCUCCCCUUA